AUGACAAACGUUACUCCUAAAGUCAUGACCUUCACAAACGUCACUGUCUUCACUGAAUUCUACCUGCUGGGAUUUCCAGGACUCCAUCCAGACUAUUAUGGAGCUGUAGGAACCCUUUUUUUGUUUGUCUACUUGUCACUGUUAGGAGGAAAUAUCUUUAUUAUUGCAUUUAUUGCUUAUGAGAAAAGUCUUCAGAAACCCACCUAUAUAAUCUUCUGUAAUCUCGCUGCGUGUGAUCUUGCUACUGGAACUGUUGUGCUGCCUCAAGCUAUUGCAAUGUUUUUUAUUAAUAUCAACACUAUAUCAUUUAAUGGUUGUUUUGUGCAGAUGUUUUUUCUUAUUUGCUUGUCAAAUGUCACUUCUUUUAUCAUACUUUUAAUAGCCGUUGAUCGGUUUGUUGCUAUACGUAACCCUUUGAGAUACUGUGUGCUUAUUACAAACAAAACUGUUUUCAUUGCAUGUGGGGUGAUUUGGACAGUCAUAACACCUUUAAUGGCAUUUUUUGUUUAUCAAUCCUACGAUGAGCCCUAUUGUGCUUCUAAUGUCGUGACACAAAUCCUUUGUGAACGAAAUGUAGUAUUUAAACUUUCCUGUCGAGAUAUAAGGCAGAAGUUGUUUUUAACAUUUGCAUGUACUGUAAUUAUAGUUGUGGGCCCUCCGAUUUUCAUUUCAUGUUCUAUUAUUAGCAUCUUCACAUCCAUUUUCAACAUCUCAGACAGUCAGGCCCGAUAUAAAACAUUCUCCACUUGCUUUCCCCAACUCUUCCUAAUUUGUCUGCAUUUUCUUCCUAAAUUAGUUGUUUUUGUGCAUGAUAUAACAGUUGCAAUGUCUCCAAGCUAUCGGAUUGCUUUAAGUUUGUGUUCCUGUUUACUUCCGCCUGUUGUCAAUCCAAUGAUUUACUGCUUCAAAACCAAAGAGAUUAAAGAUGCAUUAAAGAUGAAAAUGAGACACAAGAUAGUCAGCAUGCCAGUUAAAAGGAUGUAA